AUGAUGAGACGGAGAAGCGUUUAUAAUUUCGAUCAGGAGAAGCAUGGCUAUUUAAUGAAUCAUAUUUCUUGGCUUAAUUUUGUAAGCUUUAAUUGGAUAACACAACUUUUAAGAUGUUUUAAAAAUGAUGAUUUUAUAUUACCUUGUAUUGAAGAAACGAAUUCUAUAGAACAUUAUAGUAAUAAUCUGAAUAUGAAUGUUAAAAAUAUACAAUUAAAGAAAUACAAUAAAUAUAAUAAAUAUAAGAAUAAUUGUUGUAAUAAUAACAAUAAUAAUAACAAUAAUAACAGUAAUAACAAUAGUAACAAUAAUAACAAUAAUAACAAUAAUAACAAUAAUGAUGGUAAUAGAAGUUGUUGUGAGUGUUCAUCAAAGAAAAGGAGAAAAAAUAAUAAUAAUAAUAAGACAGAAGAUUAUUUUUAUAAGAGUAGUACUAUUACAUAUGCAGUUUUAAAAACAUUUAAAAAAUAUUUAAGUUUAAUUAGUUUCUUUCAUAUAGUACAUACCAUAUUUUUAAUAUUUGUUGCUGUUUGUAUUGAGAAAUAUGUCUUAUUAAUAAAAGGUGGUUCAAAUGUUAUAACGUUACCUUUUGGAUACAAAUAUUCAAAGAUAUUAUUUGGAUUUAUAGUUAUAUCAGUAAUUUGUAUUAGUCAGUUUUUUGAUGCAUUCCUAUGUUAUUAUGAUUUUAGAUUAAGAGUUAAUAUGGAGGUGACAGUCAUGUAUUUUUUAUAUAAAAUAACAUUAGGUAAUUUCAACAAUCGAUUAAUUAAUAGAAAUGAUUUUACUGAGAAAAAUGAUAAAGAUGGUAAAGAUGGUGGUACUGAUAUGAGUAAUAUUUAUAAGAGUGAUAUUUAUAAGAGUGAUAUUUAUAAGGAUGAUAUUUAUAAGAGUAAUAUUUAUAAGAGUAAUAUUUAUAAGGAUGAUGAACCUAAACAACAUUACAAUCAUAUUGGAGAUGACGAUUUGAUCAUUCAAAAUUUAGAUUGUAAAAAUUCAACAAAUAGUACGACUUAUAUUAAAAAUGGUGAGAAUCAAAUGAGUCAUAUAAACGAUUUUUCAAGCAUAAACAAUAUGUCCAUUACUAAUAAUAUGUCAUAUGUACAUAAUUUAUCGAGCAUGCAAAACCAAGAUGAGAAUAACAGUAAUAAAGUGUCUAGCAUGGAUAGUAAUACAAAUGAUAUGAGUAAAACGACUUGUUUAACAUGCACAGGUUCAGAAUUUAAUAAAGAUGAAAAAAAAGAACUUUUAGAAGAAGAAAAGAAAAAAGAUAAAGAAGUAUUUGAUAUUAGUAUUUAUAAUAUUAUGUUUAUAGAUACACCCUUUUUAAUAUAUUUUAUAACUGCUUUAAUUGAAUUAGUUAAUAUGAUAUUAAAAUUUAUCAUAUCUUUUUAUAUGUUUCAUUAUAAAAUGGGUAGUGCAGCUGUUUUAAACGGUGCCUUGUUAAUCAUAAUAAUGUAUGGAUUAAUGUUUGCAUUUGAAUUUUCAUCGAGCUUAUUUAAAUUGAAAUAUUUAAAAUAUCGUGAUACAAGAAUUAGUAAUAUGCAUCAUAUAUUAAAAGAAUUCAAAUUAAUGAAAAUAUUUAAUUGGGAAUCUAUAGCGUUUGACUAUGUAAAUAUGUUCAGAAUAAAAGAAAUGAGAAUAUGCAAAAUAAGAACAUAUUUAAGUUCUUUAAGUAAUUAUAUUAAUAAUAUAUCUGUAAAUAUUGUAGAAGUAGCUAUUUUCUUUUUUUAUAUAAGAAGUGAAUUAAAAAGUAAUAAAACAGUGAGCUUCAGUUCUUUAAUUACACCUCUUUUUGUAUAUAAAUCAUUAAUAUCAGGUGUAUCAAAUUUUCCAAAUAUUAUAAAUAAUUUAAUAGAAGGUGCUAUAAAUAUUAAACGUAUUAAUAGAUAUAUAACUUAUUAUUUAUUUAAUAAUGAUAUAAAUGAUUAUUUUGAACAAAAAUUAUUAAGUGCUAAUAAAAAUAAGGCAAAGAACACAAAAAAUGGUAAUGAUAAUUUUUAUGAUGACAAUUAUUAUGUUCAUCAUGAUGAUGAUCAUGAUGAUGAUUAUGAUGAUUAUUUUUAUGAUGAUGAUAAUCUUUAUAGUGACAAUAGCAUGGACUACAAUAUAACCAUCAAUAAUAAAAAUGAUUGUAAAUCCAAACAAGGAAAGAAAAAUAAAAUGUUUUCAAAAAAUAAGUAUUUAAAUCAUGAUGAAGGAACCAUGCAAAGUUUUUACAAUUUCUUGGAUACACACAAAUAUAAAAAAAAAAAAAACAUAAUAGAAAAAAAUGAUACGGAUAAUAUAACAAAUAAAAAUGAGGAGAUACAAAGAUGUAAUAGUAAUUCAUCUAAUUGUAAUAACAAUAAUUAUUCUGUAAGUGAAAGUGAUAAUUUAUUAUAUGAAAAGAAAAAAAGAAAAGACUGUUAUUCAAAAAACAAACUUAUUAAUAAUGAUAAUAUAGUGAUAUGUAUGAAAAAUUGUUAUUUCGCAUCUAAAAAUAAUGAUGAUUAUAUUUUAAAAAAUAUAAAUUUAACAUUAAAAAAUAAUUCUGUUGCUAUUAUAGUUGGAAAUGUUGGAUGUGGAAAGACAAUUUUUUUUAAUUCAUUAUUAGGUCAAUUUAAAUUAGAAUGUGGUAGUUUUUAUUUAAAAAAUUAUAUAUAUAAUUAUAUGCCUAUUUUAUAUGUACCACAAUUUAAUUGGGUAUCUCUAGGUACUAUAAGAUCUAUGAUAUUGUUUGGAAAUAAAUAUGAUGAAUCUAUUUAUUAUGAUGUGAUAGUAAAAAGUGAAUUAUAUCAUGAUAUAAUAACUUUUAAAAAAAAAGACAUGAGAUAUAUAAGUGAUGAACAUAGUUUGAGUAAAGGGCAAAAAGCUAGAAUAUGUUUAGCAAGAGCAUUAUAUCAUCAUUAUUUACAUAUGAAACGUAUGAAUCAAUAUUUUGAGAACAAUGAAAUAAUAAAUGAUAAAAUUAAAAGAAUGUCUUUAAAAAAUAAUGAUAAUUAUCAUAAUGUAGUGAAAUAUAAUCAAAAUAGAGAUAAUAAUAAUAAUCAAAAUAGAGAUAAUAAUAAUAAUAAUCACAAUAAAGAUAAUAAUAAUAAUAAUCAAAAUAAAGAUAAUAAUAAUAAUCAUAAUGAAGAUAAUAAAGAAUCAUAUAAAAACAAUUCCAUUAAUAACAUUAAAGAAGAAAGAAAUAUAUCUUAUUUAUACCUGUUAGAUGAUUUAUUCACUUCUUUAGAUCCAUGUAUUUCCAAAGAUAUUUUUUAUAAUUUAUUUUGUGACAAUGAAAAGAUACAACAAUUUAAAAAUAACAGUAGUUUUGUUUUAUCUAUAAGUGAAAUUAUAUUAAAUAGUUUUAUAUCAAGUAGUUGUAUUCUUAAUAAUAUACAAUAUGAUGUAUCAAUAUAUAAGUUAGAAAACAAUACUCUACAUUAUGAGGGCACUUUAUUAGAUUAUAUAAAAAAAAGUAAUAUAGUAGUAAAGGAAGAUAUUAUUCAAACGAAUAAACAAAGUGAAAAAAAAAAAAGUUUAUCAUAUGAUCAAGUCAAAUCAAUGUUGAAUCAUAAUGACGAUUAUCAUUAUUGGAAUUAUUCAAAAAAAAAGAGUGUCAAUGAAAAGAUGGAUGUCCACAAGAAUAAUAUUAAUGAUAAAGAUAAUACUGAUAAGGAAGUGCUUUCAUGUGAAAUAAACACAAAAAAUAUAUAUAACAAAAUGGAUUCUAUUGAAGAGAAUUUAGACAAGCAUAAUAAUAAUAAUAAUAAUAAUAAUAGUAAUAAUAAUAAUAAUAAUAAUAAUAAUAAUAAUAAUAAUAAUAGUAAUAAUAGUAAUAGUUGUAAUUAUUUUAAUAAACCAAGUGGACUUAAAAAAAUGAAGAGUGGAGAUAUAAAAUAUAACAAAUUUAUGGUAUUAAAACAAUUGAAAACAAUUUAUUCUUUCAAAACUAUUUAUUCUUUCAAUACAGAAGAAACCAAUGAUGUUGAAAAUAAGAAAAUAUAUUGUAGAACAUAUACAAAGGUUAUUCAGAAUUAUGAUAAUGAUUGUUUAGAAAAAAAGAAAAGCUUUCGAAAUUAUAAAAGUAUUAAUAGUUAUAAUGAGAUAUUAAUUAAAGAGAAUAAAGAUUUGUGUGAUGAAAAAUGGUUUGAAAAUGAUUAUAUGGAUGAAUAUGAAAAAAUAAAAAAAACUGUUUUAUCUCAAUUGAAAUAUAAUUAUUAUAUAUCAUGUGAUUUUAAUAAUAAUGAUAAUAAUGAUUAUAAUGAAGAAUUAAAAUUUAGAGGAAAUAUUAAAUUAGAAACAUUUUGGUGGUAUUUAAAAAAGAUUGGAAGACCUUUAAUAAUUGUUAUUAUUAUAUUUAUGUUAAUAUCUAUAUUUACUGAUGAAAUAAAAAAUUUAAUAUUAUUUUUAGCUAGUACGAUAUUAAAAAGUGGUGAUAAAAAAGAUGAAGAAGUUUUAAAUCAGCAAUUAGUUUAUUUAAAUUAUUUUAUAUUAUUACCAUCAAUAUCUUUAUUAACAACAUUAGUAUGUUUCAUGUUAAUAGCACAUGGUAUUGUUAAAUCAGCUAUCAAAGUACAUACAGAAGUUUUGCUUAGUAUAUUAUAUGCUCCUAUACAUGCAUUCUAUAGUAAUAAUCUUGGUAAUAUAAUUAAUAAAUUUAUAACAGAUGUAAAUAUAUUAGAUAAUGGAAUAAUCAAAAGAAUUUAUAAAACAUUCUAUACACUCUUUCGAUUUUUAUUUACACUCUUUUUAUUAAUAUAUAUGGUUAAAUAUACUAUUCUUAUAUUUCCAUUUAUUAUGUUAAUUAUUUAUUUUUUUGUAUUCAAUAAAUAUUCUAAAGGAUGUAAAGAAGCUCAAAGAGGAUUUUUAGCAUCGCAUGCACCCUUAUGUACCAUUUAUAGUAAUACUAUAAUAGGAAAGGAUGUUAUUAAUUUAUAUAAAAAAAAUAAAUAUUUUCUAACAUUAUAUAAAGAAAAAAUAUUUGAUUUUAGAAAUUACACCAUAUUUAAGUGGUCAAUAACUAUAUGGGCAUCUUUAUAUGUACAGUUAAUAGUUUUAGCUUUAACAUUUUUUUAUAUCAUAUAUCCACAUUUCUUUUUUAAACAUUCAAAACAAGAGCAUGAUAUUAACUAUGAAAAAGAAGCAAGUACCAUAGGUUAUUGUAUUACUUUUUCAUGUAGUCUUGGAUUUGUUAUUAAAAGCUUGUUAUAUGAUUACACACAUGUAGAAAAAGAAAUGUGUAGUACCCAAAGAUUAGAAGAAUGUUCCAAAAUGAUUAAAGAUGAAGGAUAUUCUGAUGAUAAUAUUAAUUCUCAAAAUAAUCAACACUACCAUGAAGAUAAUAAUAAUAAUAAUAAUAUAAAUAAAUAUAAAUCUGAACAUGUACCUUACCAUUAUAAUAAAAAAGAAAAAUUAAAAAAAUACAAAACAGAAGCAAUUCAUAAUCAAAAGGAUGAUACAUAUUCUUUAUAUAAUAAUGAUGAUGAUGAUAUGUUUCAUAAUAUGGAUAUCUUACAACAGAAAGAUAUUCAAAAUAAUAAGGUGAAAAGAUUACAUAGCAACACCCAAUUAGAUAAUAAUAUAAAAUAUGGUAUUUGUUUCGAAAAAGUUUUUGUUAGUUAUAAAAAGAAAAUUUGUAUUGAUAGAAAAAAUAAUAAAUAUGAAUAUGUUAAUGAAAAGUCGUGUUUAAAAAAUAUUAAUAUAUAUGCUUUAAAAAAUCAAAAAAUUGGUAUCGUAGGGAAAUCAGGGGCAGGCAAAAGUACUAUGAUACUAUCUAUUCUUGGUUUAAUAGGUACUACUAGAGGAAGAAUUACUAUUGAAGGAAGAGAUAUAAAAACAUUAUCCUUAGAUGAAAGAAAAAAUAUUAUUGGAGUUUUACCACAAUCUUCUUUUGUAUUCUUUCAUUGGAAUAUUAGAACAUUUAUAGAUCCAUAUAAAGAUUUUACAGAUAACGAAAUUGUUGAUGCUUUCAAAUUAAUAGGAAUUAAUUUAUCUUAUGAUGAUCUAGAUAAAUUUAUUUAUAAACAACAACGACAACAAAAAAAAAAAAAAAAAAAUACACAUAAUUUAUGGAAAAAAAAAAGUUUUAUUGAUUUAACCAAUUCUAUCUCCUUAUCAGAUGAAUGUAUUAGAUAUCUAUCAUUAGUACGUCUUUUCCUAAAUAGACAUAAAUAUAAACUCAUUCUAAUCGAUGAAAUACCUGUACUCAAUUUAUGUUAUACUACCAAACAAUUAAACAACUUCUUUACAACAGAUAUUAAAUCUUUUGAUUAUAUUAUCAGAACAUUCUUUCAAAACACUACUGUCCUAAUUAUUGCACAUGAUGCAAGUACACUCUCAUGUUGUGAUUUUAUUUACGUCAUCGCAAAAGGAGAAGUAGUCUAUAAAUGUAGUAAUAAAGAUGUUCAAACGCAAACCGAAUUAGCUAACUUGCUUCAAGAAAAACAAUUAAACUGA